UAAUAGUAAAUUCACGCGUAUGAUUUUCUUAUGCAAAUAAACGUAUAAUUAAGCGUGUUGUACAAAUAAAUAUCCAGAAAUCCUUUUUACUAGCUAAUUACUUUACACACAAAUACACACACACACACACACACAUACACACACACACAUAUAUAUAUAUACUUUACUGGAUGGCAUUGGCGCGGUGGCUUUCGUUAUUGUUACCUGGCUCGAACACUAAUUCGCUAUCCGCGAAGUCAAAAUUCGAAUUAUUUUCAACGAUUGAGCAUUAAUGACGUAAAACGAGGUUAUUUCCAGGGGUUUCUUUUGUCAUGUUGGCCUCCGCGAAUUGCUAGAAAAAAUCCAUUUUAUUCCAUCAAUGCUCAAUCAUCGAAAAUAAUUCGAAUUUUAUACUUUGCAAGUCGUAAAUUAAUGUCCGGGUAGAGUAUACAACUGAUUACGGCACAGCACACGCAUGCUCCUUUUACACAUGCGGCGCUCCUAGCGCUAUGCGUGUAGCGCAAAUUUUGCUGGUAGUAAAUGCCAAGACUAGUGUUGGUAUGAAGUUUAACGCGUAAAAGUGUCGAUGACAUCAGAUUUCAGAGUUUAUUUUAAAGUGCCGAUUCUAACCUCACUUUUAAGGAAAAAACUUAAAGUUUAUUAAUAAAGUAUCAGAUUUACAUAAAUAAAAAAUUACAAAAUGAGCAUUAAUCUGUUCAGAACUCGACCGAUCUUAUUGAGUCAGCAACUGUUGAAAAACUUUUCAAAACAUUGUUACACAACGACUUCCAAAGGUAGCAUUGUUAGUGAACUUGAAGUUGAGGAAGUACCAAUCUAUGAGGUAGAACCUUUGCACGAUGAAGAGAAACUCCAAAAGAUGUGUGACAUAUCGAGACUUGCUCCACAUCAUCUCAAUAUAAUACAUGGUCGAAAACCUUAUAAUCAAUCUUAUGAAAGUUAUCAUGACAGUGUGUGGUACAGAAAGAGAAUGCUAGGGAGAUAUGGUAUAGAAGCUGCAGAGUUUCAUCCAGGAAUAUGUUGGCCAACCAAAGAGGCAAUUGAGGAAUCUCUGGAAUUUGAGAGAUUGGCUUAUCCAAAGUCUAUCCAAGAGGUUUGGAAGGAAAUAGAGGAAAAGAAAAAGAUAGCUGCAGAAAAAAUAAGGGCUAGGGAGGAAUACAUUGAUAAAACUGUGGCAAAAUUCGAUGAAUGGAGGGCAGCUCUUGAUGCUAAAAUCGCAAAAAAGGAGGCUGAAGUGCAAGCAGCUAAGGAAAAGAAAGAACGCCUAAUGGCAGAAAUCCGUGAACAAUUUGGUUACAAUAUCGACCCACGCGACGAAAGAUUUAAGGAAAUAUUGGCACUGAAGGAAAAAGAAGACAAGAAGAAAAAGAAAGAAGAAAAGAAGAAGAAAAAAGAAGCAAAAUUGUUAUCUUGGUUGAAUUCUCAAGUUAAUGAAAUGAAUGAUAAGAAAGAUUCGCAACCGAAUGAAGAAAAAGCUGAAGAGGCAUCAAGUAAACCUACACAGGAUGCACAGACUAACAUUAAAACAGAUUAGCCUUGUAAAAUAAUAUUGUACAGUUAUCCAAAAAUACAUAUAAAAAAAUAAAAUAAGUUUUAAUUUA